CCCUCACCAAGGAAGUCCGCAGAAUUCGAAGUCGACCGACCGAUGGCCGCCUCCUCCUCUGCCGUCGCCGCCUCCGCCUCCGCCUCCGCCCAGGCCCUCGCGGUCUCCACUCACUGCUCCCCCUCCUCCAGCCAUUCCCACCGCCUUGCCCUCCCCGGUGGCGAUGCCCUUAGAUCGCUCGUCGGCCGAUCUCUCACGUCGUCCCCCUCCGCCCUCCGCUUCCUACGCAUGAGGCAGCCGGUGUUCCGAUCCCGUAGGGCUGGCCCGGCCAGGGCGGCGGCUGUGGAGACCCUCGAGGCGGCCGCCACGGACGCCCUUGUCGAGAAGUCGGUCAACACGAUCCGGUUCCUCGCCAUUGACGCCGUCGAGAAGGCCAACUCCGGCCACCCGGGGCUCCCCAUGGGGUGCGCUCCAAUGGGCCACAUCUUGUACGACGAGUUUAUGAAGUACAACCCCAAGAACCCGUACUGGUUCAAUCGUGAUCGGUUCGUUCUUUCCGCAGGCCAUGGAUGCAUGCUUCAUUACGUGCUGCUCCACCUCGCUGGCUACGAUAGCGUCAAGAUUGAAGACAUAAAGGAAUUCCGGCAGUGGGGCAGCAGAACUCCUGGUCACCCUGAGAACUUUGAAACCCCUGGAAUUGAAGUCACAACUGGUCCUCUUGGUCAGGGUGUUGCAAAUGCAGUUGGGUUGGCUCUUGCUGAGAAGCACCUAGCUGCCCGUUUCAAUAAGCCUGACAAUGAGAUUGUGGACCAUUACACGUAUGUCAUACUCGGGGAUGGUUGUCAAAUGGAGGGGAUUUCAAAUGAAGCUUGUUCUCUUGCUGGGCAUUGGGGCCUAGGGAAACUUAUCGCGUUUUAUGAUGACAACCACAUUUCCAUUGAUGGAGACACUGAGAUCGCUUUUACGGAAGAUGUAAUGGCUCGUUUUGAGGCUCUUGGGUGGCACACCAUCUGGGUUAAGAAUGGUAAUAAUGGCUAUGAUGAUAUCCGUGCAGCCAUUAAGGAAGCAAAGGCUGUCAAAGACAAACCCACACUGAUUAAGGUCACUACUACCAUUGGUUAUGGAUCACCAAACAAGGCAAACACAUAUAGUGUGCAUGGAAGUGCAUUGGGUGCUAAGGAGGUCGAUGCAACUAGACAGAACCUUGGAUGGCCGUAUGAGCCAUUCCAUGUGCCUGAGGAAGUGAAGAGUCACUGGAGCCGCCAUGUUCCUGAAGGUGCUUCUUUUGAAGCUGAAUGGAAUGCCAAGUUCGCAGAGUAUGAGAAGAAGUAUAAAGAAGAUGCUGCACAGCUGAAAGGUAUCAUAUCGGGAGAAUUGCCUGCUGGAUGGGAGACGGCUCUUCCGACGUAUACUUCUGAAAGUCCUGCUGAUGCUACUAGAAAUCUGUCACAGCAGUGCUUGAAUGCACUUGCCAAAGUACUCCCAGGUUUUCUUGGUGGCAGUGCUGACCUUGCAUCCUCCAAUAUGACUUUAUUGAAAACGUUUGGUGACUUCCAAAAGGGCACUCCUGAGGAACGAAAUGUCCGUUUUGGUGUUAGAGAACAUGGAAUGGGUGCCAUCUGUAAUGGUAUUGCCCUCCACAGCCCUGGUCUUCUCCCCUAUUGUGCCACUUUCUUUGUCUUCACUGACUACAUGAGAGCUGCCAUGAGGAUCUCAGCCUUGAGUGAGGCAAGAGUUAUCUAUGUGAUGACACAUGAUUCUAUCGGACUUGGUGAAGAUGGACCCACCCAUCAACCUAUCGAACAUUUGAUAAGCUUCCGAGCCAUGCCAAAUAUUUUAAUGCUCCGUCCAGCUGAUGGAAAUGAGACUGCUGGAGCAUACAAGGUUGCUGUGCUCAACAAGAAAAGGCCAUCAGUCCUUGCUCUUUCCCGGCAGAAGCUUCCUCAGCUUGCAGGAACAUCUGUUGAAGGAGUUGAGAAGGGAGGAUACAUUAUUUCGGACAACUCAUCCGGCAACAGACCAGAUCUCAUUUUUAUGGGCACUGGUUCAGAACUGGAAAUAGCUGCCAAGGCUGCUGAUGAGCUAAGGAAGGAGGGGAAGACGGUCCGUGUAGUAUCUCUUGUUUCAUGGGAGCUGUUCGACGAGCAAUCAGAUGAAUAUAAGGAGAGUGUCUUCCCUGCUUCUGUCACUGCCAGGAUUAGUAUCGAAGCAGGCACCACUCUUGGGUGGGAGAAGUUUGUCGGAAGCAAGGGCAAGGCGAUCGGGAUUGAUCGGUUUGGUGCAAGUGCCCCAGCUGGGAGAAUAUACAAGGAAUUCGGUAUAACAGCAGAGAACAUCAUUGCAACAGCCAGAUCUCUGUGAUAUUUGACAUAUCAGUUUUAUGUUCUGGCAAUUCCUGGCUAAUAGGGCUCAGAAAGAUGAGUGCCUAAAGAAAUUGAAUGUUGGCAUUCGGCCUAUAAUAAAAUGUCAUUGAGAUCUUUUCUGUAAUUUCGGAUUUAGCCGAUUUCGUCUGAUUUAUUUGAUUUGCUGCAGUUGACAUUCCAUCAAACUCUAUUGUCAUAUGAAACAAAGUGCUAUUGAGGAGAGUAAUUACUCUUUUUUGAAGUCCUGUUACAUCCAGAUUUUGUUUUAGGUUUCAUGGUUGGAAUAUUGUAAGAGUCUGGUCACAUCUAUAAAUGCUUGAUGAAAUUGAUUUUAUCA